UUCAGUUAAUCCUCUCUGCUACAUUUUGAAACUAGGAAACAUACAUAUACAAAGAAGAAAAUUAAGAGAGAGACAGAUGACGCCUACAAAGUUCGGAUGCCUUUUGUUUGUACUUCUCAGUACUUCAUUGCUCUCCUUGGCACAUUCAACCAUAGAUGAUAAUGCAGCCACGGAACUAAUUGCUGGUACAAGUUCAAAGGUACUUCUCGGUGAGUUUAAGGCUGCAACUGCUUCCACCAAUAUUUUAGGAAUCAGGGGAAGGAAAAUGGCGAUUGCCAAUGUCAUGAAGCCGGAAAAGAAAAAUGAGCAUGAUGCAGUUGGAGGGACCUCAAUGAUUUCAAGUUCAAACCAAGUUGCUGGGAAAUGUGGGGGUGAAGAGAACAAUGGCUCAAAUUUUGAAUGUAAGAAAAGCUUUAGUCAUUUUUCUGAAGGGGUUGAUGAGGCAGGUGUUAUAGCUUUCAAUGCUGAUUACCAUGCCCCAAAGCACCACCCACCUAAGAAUAACUAAUGAAAAAUCAGUUAGCAGAGAAAAAAAAAGGAAAAAUGAAAAAUUAGUAAUUAUUGUUAAUGAAUAAAGUAUGUCAUUUGGU